CGGGCAAAGUCAAGCAAACCUCCAAGUCAAUAUCUGUUUAAACUCAUUGCAGAUCGCAACCCAGCAAGCUAAGAAGAAAGAGCAGGAAUAUUGCACUCACACUAUUAUAAUGUCGGGGGCCACCGAGGACCUAACAUGUGAGGAAUGUUUUUCCGCUCAAGGGGCCAACGGUUCCGAGUUAAAUGGACUCUCCAGUGUGGACGACGAUGAACUUCUACACUACAUCUGGACUGAGUAUUUACACCCAAAGCAUUAUGAGUGGGUUCUCAUUGCAGCUUAUAUAUUUGUGUUUUUCGUGUCACUCAUCGGCAACUCAUUGGUUUGUUUUGCAGUAUGGAAAAAUCGCCACAUGCGCACUGUGACCAACUAUUUCAUAGUGAAUCUCUCCCUCGCUGAUGUCCUGGUCACUCUCAUCUGCCUGCCUGCAAGUCUAGUAGUUGAUAUCACAGAGACGUGGUUCUUUGGACAGACACUUUGCAAAGUUGUGCCCUAUCUGCAGACUAUCUCGGUUUCUGUGUCCGUCCUGACGCUGAGCUGCAUUGCGCAAGACCGCUGGUACGCCAUCUGCCACCCGCUGCUGUUCAAAAGCACCGCCAGGAGGGCAUGCAAAAGCAUUGUUAUCAUCUGGGUAGUGUCGUGCAUCAUUAUGAUCCCUCAAGCCAUUGUGAUGGAGAGCAGUAGUCUACUGCCGGCACUCACAAACAAGACCAGUCUGUUCACUGUAUGUGAUGAACACUGGGAAGUCGAGAUCUACCCUAAAGUAUAUCACAGCUGUUUCUUCAUUGUCACAUAUUUAGCACCUUUAUGUCUCAUGGUGUUGGCCUACAUCCAGAUCUGCCAUAAACUGUGGUGUCAACAGAUUCCUGGAAGCUCAUCAGUUUUACAGAGAAAGUGGAAGACCAUGCAGUGCUCGGCGGCAACUGCCGGGCCGGGAGAAUCUGUCCGGGUCAAGACCAGCACUGUUUGUGCUGAGAUCAAACAGAUCCGAGCACGACGCAAAACGGCACGCAUGCUGAUGGUGGUGCUCUUUGUAUUUGCUGUGUGCUACCUGCCAAUCAGCGUACUCAAUGUAAUGAAAAGAGUCUUUGGGACCUUCAAGAACACAAACGACAGAGAGACGGUGUACGCUUGGUUCACUUUUUCACAUUGGCUCAUAUAUGCCAAUAGUGCACUCAAUCCCAUCAUCUACAAUUUCCUGAGCGGGAAGUUCCGUGAGGAGUUCAAAGCAGCCUUUUCUUGCCAUUGUCACAGUCAAGGCCAAGAGAGACCGAAGCGAAUCGGGGCCCGAAUGAGCACGGACAGCCGAAAGUCACUCUCCACUCACGUUAACAACAUGGACAAUGUGUCACACAUAUCAGAUCAAAUAGUGUAAUCAUUGUCAGCAGACAUUUGACUUUUAGGUGCAUUUCAAAAGGUUUUAUUUUUAAUGAAGGCUGGAUGAAAAGCCCACUUACUCAAAGGUGAAGCUCAGUACCUGCACACUGGAAAUUCAUUUCAGUUGCCUUUUAUCAGCUCUCUCACUGUUGUGAUUCUUGUUUUGGUGUUUAUGUAUACCUCUGUUGACAUAACCUAACUCAGCAAAAGAAAAAAAAGUAUAUACCUCAUAGAGACUGAAAUUCUAGAAAAAAAUCACUUUAUAUAUUUCUGUGUAUUUUUUUUUUUUUUUUUUAAUUUCUUGGAAAGAUCUGGCUCCAUCUUCUUGAAAAUGUUACGUUCGUAUAUGGGAACUUGCAUGAGAGGCACUUAUUUUAGUUAUUGCUUGUACCUCUGUUUAGGAAUAUCUCUACAAAUGCUAUUUUCAGGUUACGACAUGUUUACAGGGGAAAUAUUUACCUCUAGUAAAGAAAGAAAUUUCUAUUUAAGAAAGGCAAAAAUACUUGGGAUCGACCGAUAUGGGUUUUUAGGGACCCAUACCGAUUAUUAGUAGUUAGAGGGGCCGAUAACCAAUUUUCGGAGCUGAUAUUCAUUUGGAUUAAAAGUGUUAAAAAUGGUGUAAAACAAACACUGAACUUCAUUGAUAUGCUUAAAAUGUUUAUUGAAUGACAGAAAUAGAAAAUAAUAGCUCCAGACGUAUCUGCAUUUCUGAGACUCAGAAACAUCUCUUAUAAAGUUGAAUGAAAGGUUAAAUAAAUAGCUCUCUGAUUUUUUUCCACAGAAAAAACAAUACAACAAAAAUAUAAUUUCUCACAGGGCUGUACAUUGUGAGCGCUUUGCUCGCAUUUGCAUGCAAAAAUAAUUUGUUGCGAGUAGAGAAAAUAGAAUGGGAGCAAAAGUCAAGAGAUUUGAAGAUGUCUUGAUCCUCAUCUUUUUUCACAUACAAUAAAUCAUUAGUCAUUAUAGAGCUGACAAUUCUUACAGGCUCCGUAUGCCUCCAAUAGGUCUGAUGAUUGGCGGCGUGACCAAUAAAACGUCGGCUGAAAUAUAACGUUACACGAUGUAUUCACUGAGAUGAAAUUCAACUGCGCCUCGUCGAUUGGAGCAUAUGAAACAGCGGGAUUUUAAUCACGGGACAGUGGCAGAGAAGAAAAUUGAGUGCUACUUUAAAAAAUUUUAACCAAGAAGGGAGAGGAAAUUGGUGAGAGAAUUGCAGCAGGAGAUCCUUUCUGGGUCUGACAGUUUCGAGUCUGAAGAUAUGCCGAAGUGUUAGCAGCAACACUGCUAGUAAGAUUUACAAAUUCUUAUUAGCUUAUUUACUAACAACUCUUACUCAAAACUAUGCAUUUUAACUGUAC